GGGGAAACUUAAGCGUAAAACAGUCUGUGCAACUGGUAGGGAUGGAGAACCUGAUUCGACUAUACAGGCUUCUUAUGUAUCUGCACUUAUGAUGGGGAGCUGGGAGAAACAAAAAUAUGACUAAUGUGUUUAUUAGGUGUACACCGAGUGACCAUGGUUGAAGAAACAGCCGGAAGGGGUCCCGUUGGAAACCCUAGGCCAGAUAAAGGGAUUCCAGAGGAGGGUGUCCAGCCAAGGGGCAAAUGGGCCAACAACAUGGAGUUCAUUCUCUCUAUGGCUGGAGAAAUCAUUGGCCUUGGAAAUGUUUGGCGGUUUCCUUAUCUGUGUUACAAAAAUGGAGGAGGUGUCUUCCUCAUCCCUUACUUUUUGUUCCUCUUCCUCUGCGGCAUCCCUCUGUUCUUCCUGGAGACGGCGCUGGGCCAGUACACCAGUGAGGGUGGGGUGACCGCCUGGAGGAAGAUAUGCCCCAUGUUUGAGGGGGUGGGGAUUGCAGCACAAGUGAUUGUGGUGUAUCUUAACAUCUACUACAUCGUGAUAUUGGCUUGGGCUAUCCUGUAUUUAUACAACUCCUUCAAAAACCCGCUGCCUUGGUCCACAUGCGAGAACGAGUGGAACACUGGUUCUUGUCACAAACCAGACCCUAAUUUGUUUAAACUCAAUGCCAGUUGGUCAUUCCUGAACAACGUCAGCAUGCCUGACUAUUCUGACAACAUCAAUUACACGGAGGACCCCUUGAUUUUCUUGAAGACACCGGAAGAGGAAUUCUGGCUUCAUCGAGUGUUAAGAAUAUCAGAUGACUUUUCCAUGACUUCAGUACACUGGGACCUGGCUUUGUGUCUCCUGAUUGCCUGGGUUUUGUGUUAUUUCUGCAUCUUCAAGGGUAUCAAAUCAACAGGAAAGGUCGUGUAUUUCACAGCAACAUUCCCCUAUCUGAUGCUGUUCAUCCUCGUAAUCCGUGGAGUGACACUACCAGGAGCUGCAGAUGGACUGAAAUUUUACCUCAGUCCUGACAUCUCGAAGCUUGCCGAUCUAAAAGUCUGGCAUGAUGCAGGGACCCAGGUGCUCUUCUCCUAUGCUGUGUGUCAGGGAGUACUCACCAGUCUGGGAAGCUACAACAAAUACAACAACAACUGCUACAGGGAUUGCUUGGCACUUUGUUGUCUGAACAGUGCCACCAGUAUCUUUGCUGGUCUUGCUGUGUUCUCGGUGCUGGGCUUCAUGGCUCAUGAAUUGAACUUGGAUAUUAAUGAAGUUGCUACUAGUGGUCCUGGUUUGGCUUUUAUAGCCUAUCCAAAGGCUCUGGCGAUGAUGCCUGGCUCCUCGUUCUGGGCUGUUCUCUUCUUCCUCAUGAUCCUCUUUCUGGGCCUGGACAGUCAGUUUGUGUGCGUGGAGAGCCUGGCCACAGCCCUCACAGACUUGUUCCCACAUUACCUGAGGAGACGCGGAGGAAGAGAAAUUCUGGUCCUAGCCAUAGCUGUUGCCUGUUUCCUACUUGGGCUGCCACUCAUCACAGAGGGAGGGAUAUACGUCUUUAUGCUAGUUGACACCUACGGUACCGGCGGAACAAGCCUCUUCUUCAUUGCCUGUUUUGAGACCAUUGUAGUUGCUUGGAUAUAUGGUGCUGACCGUUUCUACGACAAUAUCGAGGACAUGAUUGGGUUUGCCCCAUUUCGGGGGAUGAAGUACUGCUGGCUGCUCAUCACGCCGAUCCUCUGUGCACUCAUAAUCUGGUAUGAUAUCAUACAUGCUGGUGUUAUGUCGAUCUAUGGUUACCAGUUUGGGGCUGGGGCACUCGCCGUGGGCUCUCUAAUUUACAUCACUCCUCUGAUGUGCAUCCCAGUCUUCAUUUUUGUCACAUUGUGUAAGAACUCUGAUAACAUGACAACACCAUCGAGUGAUCUGCGUCAGGCUCGACCCAACAAGCCCAUCCUCACUUUUUGUAACCGCGUAGUCUUUAGAGCACAAGGGCAACCGAACAGGAGGAUGGAUGAAGCUCAUGAGAAGGUGAUGAUGGAGGAGCCAAGUGGGGUGUGAUGUUUACUGAGAAAGCUAACAAACCUGCAGGAACUUACAAUGCUUGGUGGUCUUAGGGCUGGGCGAUAAUUGGAUAACAAUAAUUAUUGUGUUAUAUUUUCUCUCAAAAAUAUAUUGAAUGUUCAAUGGUGCUAUUUGACCUAAAACACUAGUUGCCACUCAAUAUUAGACAGAAGAAGAAGGCAUUGAACAGCCAAUCAUGUCUCAGGGUAGGACAUUUGGAGCGGAAUGUAAACACAGCUGAAACAAGCGACAUCGACACUGAAUAAUAUGCAAAACCUACCAACUCAAAGCAGACUCGUUAGUCUAACACUGUGCUGACUCUGUGUUAACUAUCAACUUAAUUCACUUCAUUAAAUAUACUUUCAGGAUGUGGGUAAAGGAAGAGCAAGGUGACUUCAGCUGUACAUUUUGAAUAAGAUUAAUAUCCACUGCGACCGUAAGAAACUGAACACUGAAUAACCAUAAUGCCCUCACUGCACUAGGGGAGACGAUGUCACUCCGCCUGUAAAAGUAAUCUUGCACUACUCAAAACAAUACUAUAUAAACUGAUACACAGAAUACAAAUUGAUAAAUCUUUGUUUUAAAUUGAAAUCAAAUCAUGCAAAUUACCUCAA